GGUCAGCUGCUGCACUUGUUCUGACUGAGACGAGACACAGACAAAAGAAGUGACCCGGCGUCAUGGUUCGAUGGUUCCACAGAGACAUCAGCGGAUUAGAGGCCGAGGAGCUGCUCAAAACCAAAGGAAUCCAUGGAUGUUUCUUGGCCCGACCCAGUAAGAAAGUGGCUGGAGACUUUUCACUGUCCGUCAGGGUGGGCGAGGGCGUGACGCACAUCCGUAUCCAGAACACAGGAGACUUCUACGACCUUUACGGGGGGGAGAAGUUCGCGACUCUGUCUGAGCUGGUGGAGUAUUACACCGCCGACAAUGGGAUCCUGCAGGACAAGGACGGCACCAUCAUCGAGCUCAAGUAUCCCCUGAACAGCUCCGACCCGACCACCGAGAGGUGGUACCACGGUCACCUGUCGGGUCCAAACGCAGAGAAGUUGCUGAGCGCGCGGGACGAGCCGGGGACGUUCCUGGUGAGAGAGUCUCUGUCCAAACCCGGAGACUUCGUCCUGUCUGUGCUGACGGACGAGAUCGGGAAGAACGGCGCCAAGAGGGUGUCCCACAUCAAGAUCAUGUGCCAGAAUGACAGAUACACAGUGGGAGGAUCGGAGACGUUUGACACGCUCACUGACCUGGUGGAGUUUUACAAACGCAAAGGCAUCGAGGAGGUCUCUGGAACCUGGGUCUACCUCAAACAGCCGUACUACUCGACCCGCGUGAACGCCGCCGACAUCGACAGUCGCGUGAGGCAGCUGGACGAGACGGAGGAGCAGGGCGAGAAGGUCAAGGCCGGAUUCUGGGAGGAGUUUGACACGUUGCAAAAGUUGGAGGCAAAGGUGAAAAAGAGCAGAGAGGAGGGACAGCGGCCUGAGAACAAGAGCAAAAACAGAUACAAAAACAUCCUGCCCUUCAACGACACGAGGGUCAUUCUGCAGAACGCUGAUCCCAAUGAGGUUGGCUCGGACUACAUCAACGCCAACUACGUCAGAAACACCUUGAGGGAACCCGGAGCGGACGACAAAGUCUACAUCGCCACGCAGGGCUGCCUCGCCACCACCGUCAACGACUUCUGGCAGAUGGUCUGGCAGGAAAACUCCAGGGUCAUCGUCAUGACAACGAGAGAGGUCGAGAAGGGUCGGAAUAAAUGUGUCCCGUACUGGCCCGACCCCGAGAGCUCGAAGGAGAUGGGCCCGUACAUCGUCACCCACGUGUCCGAAAGAGACGCCACUGAUUAUAAACUCAGAGUGCUGGAGAUCGCUCUGGCAGAAAAGCCCAAAAAGGCGAGGAGGAUCUGGCACUUCCAGUACCUGAGCUGGCCCGACCACGGCGUCCCGCAGGAGCCCGGGGGAGUGCUCAGCUUUUUGGAACAAGUGAACGCGAGACAGGCGGAGAACCCCACCGCCGGGCCCAUGAUCAUCCACUGCAGUGCUGGAAUCGGCCGAACAGGAACCAUCGUGGUGAUCGACAUGAUCAUCGAGACCAUCACUUCAAUAGGUCUGGACUGCGACCUCGACAUCUCUAAAAUCAUCCAGAUGGUGCGAGAGCAGAGGUCCGGCAUGGUCCAGACGGAGGCGCAGUAUAAGUUCAUUUACCUGGCAGUGUCCCAGUACAUCCAGACGACUAAAGCCAAGACCACGGCCUCCAUGGAAACUGAGACAGAGUACGGCAAUCUGCAGCUGAAGCACCCGCCGGCCUCCAGGAAGGUCUCCAAGAAUAAGGACGACGUUUACGAAAACCUGUCCAAAGCAAAGAAAGACCCCAAGAAACCAAAGCCUGAGAAGAAGAGCGGCUCCGUCAAGAAAAAGUAGUUUAUUUUUCAUAUGCGUAUUUAUAUUGAUAUAGUUUUACCGUAUAUAAAACAGUGAGCAGAAUAAUUUGUUUUAUG